AUGGCGGCAAAGACUGCCCUCCGUAUCAUCAUCGUUGGUGCUGGCCCUGUCGGCCUUGCUCUGGCAACAGGACUUGCAAAAGACGGCCAUUCCGUCACUGUGCUAGAGCGACAGUCCUCAUUACAAGUUACUGGCGGCCCUAUCUAUGUCCAACCACCUGCCAUUCGAGUGUUGGAGAGCUUCGGGUUGGGAGAUGCCGUCCAGUCUAUAGGAGUAGCCGGUCCGUCCAUCAUCUGGUCCUAUAAGGACACCAGCGAGCCACUUCUUGUGAGCCCCCAUCGCCCCAACCACACACCCCUCAGUACCGAUCGACAAACGGUACAAAAGGUCGGUUAUGAGGGCGCUGUAGCUGCAGGCGCAACAGUAUUGUUCGGAAAAACAGUGACGAGCCUCGAGAACAAGACCACUCCUAUUGUCCGAACGGAGGAUGGAGGGGAGUACAGUGCUGAUUUGAUUGUCGGCGCUGAUGGCAUCAAGUCCAAGAUUCGAAGACUGCUAUUUCCAGACCAGAACAUGGACGCAAUAGCGACAAACGAGGUCAUUUUCCACUCAGAUGUUGACCUGAAUGAGCUGCGUGCCGAUACUCGUCUGACUGGGAUGUUUGAGCACCCUGGAAGCUGUCACUUUACCUUUGGGCCAGGCCGGGUUAAUGUCUUGUUGAUAGAACCCGUGGCCGAGGGGAAAACUGCAGCUUACAAUGUCGUGUCGAACUACGGUGCGCCUCCAACUGAUAGAAACGCAAGCUGGUACAAUCCGGCAGAGCCAUCGGAACUACGCGAACUCUUCAACGACUUCUCGGCCCGAGAUCGCGCGUAUUUAGAGCAUGUGAAAAGCUGCAACGUCUGGCGCAUCGGAACAGCACCGCAGACACCUUCGUGGCAGAGCUCAAACGGGAGAGUGUUGCUCAUCGGCGACGCGGCCCAUGCCAUGGUGCCGCAUGCCGCUCAAGGCGUCAGCCAAGGUAUCGAAAGCACAGGUGUUUUAACACACCUUCUUCGACUAGCUCGCCCGGACCACCCAGAUGAUGUGCCUGCUUUGACUCGGGGAUUUGAGAAGCUGAGGCGCACAAGAGUCGAGAAGAUUGCCAAUCUAAGCCAGAACAACCUACAAGUCCGCGUCCUACCAGACGGUCCUGCUCAGGAGGGACGAGAUGCUGCCCUCAGAGCGAUGGGACAAAUGCCCGCAAUCGAGUGGGACAAGAUCGAAUCGGAUAUGAACGCAGACAGUAAUUCGCCUCAAUUUACAAAGUGGCUAACAGCUUACGACAUUCCUCUUGAAGUUGAGCAAUUCGUGAAGUCAGAUCUUGUGGAUAUCUCGAGUUCCUGA